AUGGAACCAGGGAACAAGACGAGAACUUCAGAGUUCCUUCUCCUGGGAUUUUCAGACGAACCAGAACUGCAGCCUCUCAUCUGUGGUCUUUUCCUCUCCAUGUACCUGGUCACUAUAUUUGGGAACCUGCUCCUUAUUGUGGCCAUUCUUUCAGACUCUCACCUGCACACACCUAUGUACUUCUUCCUUUCUAACCUGUCCUUUGUGGACAUCUGUUUUAUCUCGACCACCGUCCCCAAGAUGCUGGUGAACGUGCAGACACAGAGCAGAGCCAUUUCCUACGUUGGCUGCAUCAGCCAGAUAUAUUUUUUCUUGCUGUUUGUCGAGCUGGACAACUUCCUAUUGGCUAUCAUGGCCUAUGACCGCUAUGUGGCCAUCUGUCACCCCCUGCGCUACAUGGUCACGAUGAACCACCGCCUCUGUGGGCUGCUGGUUCUUGCCUCGUGGGUUGUGAGCGCUCUUCACGCCUCCUUACAAAGCUUGCUGGUACUACAGCUGUCCUUCUGCAUGCAGCUGGAAAUUCCACACUUUUUCUGUGAACCCAAUCAGGUGGUCCAACUCACCUGUUCGGAUUCCUUUCUUAAUGUCCUGGUGAUGUACUGCGUCCUCGUGUUGCUGGCUGCUGUUCCCCUGGCCGGCAUCCUCUGCUCUUACUCCAAGAUCGUGUCCUCCAUCCGGGCCAUCUCCUCGGCUCAGGGCAAGUACAAGGCCUUCUCCACCUGCGCGUCCCACCUGUCCGUCGUCUCCUUGUUUUAUUGCACGGGACUAGGAGUGUACCUCAGCUCUGCCGCCACCCACAACUCCCGCUCCAGCGCAACAGCCUCGGUGGCGUACACCGUGCUCACGCCCAUGCUGAACCCCUUCAUCUACAGCCUGAGGAAUAAAGACGUCAAGCGCGCCCUGAGGCGGCUCUUUUUGCAGAGACUGUAG